CACAUUUAUCCCCGCAUUUGUAGUUAUAGCACAUCGGUUCCUAAUUCGUGUAUCGGGAAUGAGGAGUUAUAUCGCAUUUUAGCCUAAAUUGUGCAGCCGAAUCACUUGAACGCGCUCAUGCUAAUUUUCCCCAUUGAUUUAAUUAUUACAUAUUUUAUUAUUACAAAACACACUCGCUUCCUGUUGAACAUCUAAACAAACAUAUUUAAUGUCACAUUUAAUUACAAUAUGUGCGUGUGUGUAUCUUGCCUAAUUAGCUACCGUGUUUCCAUCAUGUAGGCUUAGGGGCGUUUAUUUACUCAAAUGCAGAGAGAACUUGGCACCUUUUCAGGGUAAGGUCUUCAUUACAUUUUGCCCAUCAUCCAAAAUCCGUAUGAGACAUAUCUUUCAUUUUUAUGUGUGUUCUAAAGAUAUAAAAACAGAAACUCAUUACUGCAUGUAUUGGAACCACUUAUUAUGCCUAUAAAGCCUUCUGAAAAGGCCUAACAAUAUGCACCAUUUACAUAUUUCAUUAAUUUGACGUUAGUUACAAGCUACAGAGACAUUAUUUUUAUUAUUAACAUUGUUACACCGACCAAACUACAUUACAGUCAUAUUGACACUUAGCUAGAACACAUUAGCUCGCUACCAGCCGGCUAGCAACUAGCUUCAACACAGGCUCACUUGCAGCAUGUCAGAGUGGCGCUAACAAUGCCUCAGACCACUCCAAAAAUAUAAGGCGACAUAUUUGAGUUCAUUUCUACAGCAUAUUGCUAUGUGAAAUCAAUGCACCGAGGAAUGAUGUUCCGGUUAUGCUUAAAAUGGCCAAAAUACUGUAAUUAUUAAUUACAUUAAUCAUGAAUGUAGUUGCUACUACAUAGUCACAGCAUGUAUAUAAAACUAUAAUACCUUGUUAGAGGUUGUUGGAGGUGUUUUAGUUGCAGUCUUUGUAGGCGGCAUAGGAGGAUCCCAUUAUGUGCAGUAACAAGUUGUCUCAUUUUAUCUGUUUUUAUAUCUUUAGAACGCACAGAAAAGCGACAGACUUGUGUUUAUGUCUCACAUAAGAUUUGUGGAUGAUGGGCAAACUUACCCCCAAAGAGCAGUUUUCCUUUAAAGCGAUGUCUUCUUGUACAAAUGUAUGUUUAUAUAUUUUUAAACAAUAUUGAUAAGAAUUGGGACAUUUCUUUGUAUUUGUGGACAGUGGUCCUGUUGAAUGAUUUGGGUGCGGUUUCUAUUAGAGCAUUUUUUAUGUAUUCUUACAUCUGAAAUGGAAAAAUAUAGAUUACACCGUGUACAGUACAUAUUUUAUUGUUUAUGUAUAACAUUUUAUGAAUGUUAUUACUGUUUAUUAGAGAUCAUAGUAGUCCCCCAAAUUGUAUUUAUUUACGUGGUUUUGCCCUUAAAAUUCUUGGAGGAAAUAGCCAAAUAGUUCAGAAGCAAUAAUCCUUUUAGAUUGAGGAAAAAUAGCAACUCUGAUGAGCUUAACCUUCUAUUUUGUGCUUCAGUAAAGCAUUUUGCGUUGCACAACAGCAACAACUAUGCAUUCACGGUGUCACCAUGUGUGCUGGACUUGUUUUCACACCAUCACAUGAUUCUCUUUAGCACCAAUAAGAUGCUUAAACACCUUAAUCACACCAAAAAAACUGCUUAGAUUAUUUUUGUUGACUCUAUUUGGACGCUAUUAUUCACCCGGAAGGCUGGGAAAUAGGAAUAAGGAAUAGGUUCUAGAAUAAUAACUGUUGUGUGCACAUAUCUUACCAAAAAUAUCUGCUGACAGCAUCAUUUUGUUUUUUUGCUAAACCAAGAUACACACGUGUGCUUACAUAAAGGAGGAAACACAGCAAGCGUUGGUGUUGCGCAACACAGCUUGGUUAUAUACUCACUGGACACUACAUUAGGUACACCUGCACAGGUUCGAUAAGAUCCAAUAUAAGAUAAGUCAUACUGAGAAGUGUUUCUAAUAUUUUGACCCUGUGGUGGUGUGUGUAUAAGGUAACCGAGGAAAAGGAUUCAUUUGAUGAAUCUCUUCUUUUGGCCUCAAAGUAGACAGUGCGGGUGUACCUAAUGAAGUGUCCGGUGAGUGCUUCAGGGGGAAUGGCCUCACGCUCCAAUGUAGACAUUCCUGACGCGAUGCAGUGUCAUCAGUCUGCAAGCAAAGCAGGAAUAACUUGAUUUUUUUAUGUAACUUCACCACACUGCAGGACUUCCUGUUAUUUUCAGACUGCAUGAUAACGGAAUUCCUUUACUCAACAGAGAUUUUCCUCUCUUCUUUUGUGGUCUUCUGUGGUUGAAGAUAUUCCUUGAUGCACAUUAACAGAGAAAUUGUAUUAUUUGAGAAAGUUAAGGUUCUGUAGGACAAUCAUGCAUUUUCCCAUCGUUGGGAAUAUAGCAGGAAACACAGGAAGUUGUUGGCCUUGAAGCUGUGGAAAGACACGGGGCAACACAAGUUGACCCCGACGGGACGGAUAUGAGCUUGUUAGGCCUUUCUCUCCUUUGGAUGGAAUGUAGGCUUUGUUUUAUGGAGCAAAAUGGAGGUACAUUGAAAACGCACAUCUUACUUUUUACUUUUAAAAGGAGUAUUAAUAGCAAAACAUAAGGUAAAAACAUUUUGGACAAAUGACAAUUUCAUUGAUUCAUGUCGCACAGGUGCCUCGCGUUAUAGCAUUUUUGGCAAAACCUCACCACUGUUAAAUACAAUAACUUUGAUGUCAUAAAUAAACUAUAACUGUAGUUUGUGUCACCAGGUUAAAGGCCUUGUGACAUGUAAUUGUCAUGAUGAUGAAGGGCCUCACACUGGAGCCUCCUCUCAUCCAGGCCAUCUUUAGCGCUGACCCAGAGGAUAUACGAAUGCUCAUAUGCAAGUCUGAAGACAUCAAUGCUUUGGAUGCUGAGAAGCGAACUCCGCUCCAUGCGGCCGCCUUCCUGGACGAUGCAGACAUCACUGAACUCCUCAUCCUCUCUGGCGCCCGGGUCAAUGCGAAAGAUAACAUGUGGCUCACCCCCCUCCAUCGGGCUGUGGCGUCCCGCAGCGAGGAGGCCGUGCGAGUGCUGAUCCGCCACUCGGCCGACGUCAACGCCCGCGACAAGAACUGGCAGACGCCGCUGCACGUGGCCGCCGCCAACAAUGCGCUGCGCUGUGCCGAGGUCAUCAUCCCUAUGCUGAGCAGCGUCAACGUGUCAGACCGAGGGGGACGUACCGCCCUGCACCAUGCCGCCCUUAAUGGCCACACGGAGAUGGUCAACCUUCUCCUCGCCAAAGGAGCCAACAUCAAUGCUUUUGAUAAGAAGGACGGGCGGGCACUGCACUGGGCUGCUUUUAUGGGUCACUUGGAUGUAGUGUGUCUACUGGUGAGUCAGGGGGCGGAGAUAAGCUGCAAGGACAAGCGAGGCUACACCCCCCUGCACACGGCGGCCUCUAGUGGACAGAUAGCAGUGGUGAAGCACCUGCUCUACCUGGCUGUAGAAAUCGAUGAGUCCAACGCCUUUGGGAACACGGCGCUCCACGUGGCGUGUUUCAAUGGCCAGGACGCUGUGGUGAGCGAGCUGAUUGACUACGGUGCUAACGUCAGCCAGGCUAAUAACAAGGGUUUCACGCCGCUGCACUUUGCUGCCGCCUCCACGCACGGAGCUCUCUGUUUGGAGGUCCUGGUCAAUAAUGGUGCCGAUGUUAACGUGCAGAGUCGAGAUGGAAAGAGUCCUCUUCACAUGACGGCUGUCCACGGUCGCUUUACUCGCUCACAGACUCUCAUCCAGAAUGGUGGCGAGAUCGACAGUGUGGACAAGGACGGCAACACGCCGCUCCACAUCGCCGCUCGCUACGGCCACGAACUCCUCAUCAACACACUCAUCACCAGUGGGGCUGACUGCACCAGACGAGGUGUCAACGGCAUGUUUCCACUGCACAUGGCAGCUUUGAAUGCUCACUCGGACUGCUGCCGCAAGCUUCUCUCAUCAGGCCGGAGGUUUAGCAUAAUGUGUAACGACUCGGUCCUGUGUGCAGGCUUCCAGAUCGACACCCCCGACAGUCAGGGGAGGACCUGCCUGCAUGCCGCUGCUGCCGGAGGCAACGUGGAGUGUGUCAAGUUAUUGUUGACGAGCGGCGGUGACCACAACAGGAGGGACAACUGCGGCAGGACUUCGCUCCAUUAUGCUGCCGCGAGUCGUCACUAUCAGUGUCUGGAGACCCUGGUGGCUUGUGGGACCGCCAUUAAUGCCACAGACAAUUGGGGGCGCUCUGCUCUGCACUAUGCUGCUGCUUCUGACCUGGACCGAAGGCGCCGUGUUGCUCUGGAGCCUGAGAGUGAAGGAGUGCAGGCGGAGCGGGAGAAAGAGGCUGCACUAUGUUUGGAGUUCCUGCUUCAGAGCGGAGCGACAGCCUCCCUCAAAGACAAACAAGGUUACAGUCCAGUGCACUACGCUGCAGCCUACGGGCACAAACACUGUCUGCAGCUGCUGCUGGACAGAGAUGACGGUUACCAUGACGACCCAGAAUGCCCUAACGCCAGGAGUCCUCUGCACCUAGCUGCAUACCACGGCCAUGCUCAGGCCUUGGAGGUGCUGCUGCAGGGCGAGAGGGAGGUAGAUCGCGUGGACGAGGCUGGCCGGACCCCUCUUGCCAUGGCGGCUCAGCGGGGUCACACAGACUGCGUGCACAUCCUCCUCAGCCAUGGGGCGUCAACGCGCACCUGCGACACUCAGCACGGAGGCACCCCAGUACACUUAGCAGUAAUGAACGGCCACACAUCGUGCGUGCGCCUCCUGCUGGACGAAUCAGACAGCGCAGACCUAGCAGACGCUGCUGACUCUCAGGGACAGACCCCUCUGAUGCUGGCCGUGGCAGGGGGUCAUGUGGAUGCCGUGUCUCUGCUGCUGGAGAGGGAAGUGGACGUCAACAUGGCGGACAACCAUGGCAUGACAGCACUGCACCUCGGGCUACUGUGUGGCCAAGAGGAGUGCGUCCAGUGUCUUCUGGAGCAGGAGGCUUCCGUGUUGCUGGGCGACGCACAGGGUCGCACUGCCAUCCACCUGGCGGCGGCGCGCGGCCACGCCUCCUGGCUGAGCGAGCUCCUGAGCAUCGCCUGCCCUGAACCAGACUCGCUGCCACCUGUUAGAGACCACCACGGAUACACGCCACUGCACUGGGCCUGCUACCAUGGUCACGAGGGCUGUGUGGAGGUUCUACUGGAGCAGAAAGGUUGUCGCUGCAUUGACGGAAACCCGUUCACGCCACUGCACUGUGCUGUGGUGAACGACCACGAGGCGUGUGCAUCUCUGCUGCUGGAGGCCAUGGGUUCAGACAUCGCUGGCUGCAAGGACGCUAAAGACAGGACCCCCCUCCACGCGGCGGCCUUCUCGGGUCACGUGGAUUGCGUCCAGUUGCUUCUUUCCCACGAUGCACCAGUGGAUGCCGUGGACCAAUCGGGUCGCAGCGCGCUGAUGAUGGCGGCCGAGAGGGGUCACAUUGGGGUCCUUGAGGUUCUGCUCAACAAUGCCACCAGCAGCCUCCAUCAAGCGGACAAGGAUGGCAACACUGCCCUGCAUCUAGCUUGUAAGAAUGGGAAAAAGAGGAGGCGUUUGUUAGAGGGAAAAGAAGAGUGCGCCCUGCUAAUCCUGGACAAAUUGUCCGACUCGGAGCGAAUCAACGCCACAAAUGCCGCCCUGCAAACCCCCCUCCACCUGGCGGCUCGUAGCGGACUCAAACGGGCGGUCCAGGAGCUGCUGUCUCGUGGAGCCAACAUUCAGACGGUGGACGAGAACGGUUUGACCCCAGCUCUGGCUUGCGCUCCCAGCCAUGAGGUGGCAGACUGUCUGGCUCUCAUUCUGGCUACCAUGAUGCCUUUCUGCUCCCCUUGCAGCUCUGGGGCCCCCUCCCCGGGUUCCCUGCUGAGGCAGCUGCCCCCUAAGGCGCCUAGAGGCCCCCCCGACGGCGCCCGACCCCGUGGACCGCGCAGCUCACGGAACCCGUCGGGACCCUCCAGCGAGGGGACCACAGAGAACGACUCUGAGGAUUCGGAAACGUUCUGACAUUGUGAGGUGAUGUCUUUUUGGACUGAAGAAGGUUGCAUGUUUGUUCUCUCACGGGUGCUGAAAUCCAAACUGACCUCGUUUCUCAGUCUUCACCUGGUGAGACCUUUUUUUUGUCUUUUACAAGAAAGACAGAAAAAAGCCAUCUUUUGUACAAAAAAAAACAAACUAAAUGUCCUUUUAGUAGUUUUUCCUAACAGGCUGGUUUGUUGUACAAAAUAAGCAGCUUUUAACACAAUAAUAAUGUUGAUUGAACAUGUCAACCUGCAACGAUACUCCUAUGGCGUACGCACUUAUUAAAAUUGCAGAGUCAUCGUCGCAACAAUCACUUUGUUACCUGAAGCACAAAGCUGGCUUGUUAAGAAAGACUCCAUUUUGCCCUUUUCCUGCAUGCCGACAUUCGUGAACCAGGGUAGCCAAUGCUUUUAAAGAAAAAGAAAAAAAUGAGAAAAAAACAAAUAAUUCCCGCCAAAAUCACCUGACAGGGAGUCUUCCUCUCUUCUUUGUUUUCAUUUGACACAAUGGUACAAAAACUGCCAGCACUUAAAUGUAAAGACACAAGGCCUUGACCUCUUCUAUCACCGCCCCCUCAACCACCGUGUGACUACCUACCAGCAAUGUGCCAUCAGUGCAGUGCCUUGACGCUUGUUUUUGUUUUUAAAUCGACAUUUCCUAAAAUACAGUAGAUCCUCGUUAUUCGCUCAUGGCGAAAAUACACGCACCAUUUAAUUAUGAACCACUUUUGUACCGUGUAUGUGUGUGAGUCAUUAGCUUAACACAGAAGUUGCCUGUAUGUGUGUAUGUUUUUCCGAUGUUUACUUUGUGCGCGCGCAGCAUUUUGAACUGUUUUGUUUAUAUUUGCCGUAAGCAGACAGUCGUGACGAAGGCAUCGCUGCCCGAGCACCUCCAUCGGUACUUUUUUUCCCCUCGAAGUUGAGAAAAACUAUCCGUGUCGGUCGUCGGUGUUCUGUUUAAAACAGAAAUAUCCCCACAACGUGGUUAAAAGUCGAUUCAUGUUAGCGAAUGCCGAGUCACGGAGCUGGCUAACUGCAGCUGUGAUAGUAGCUACCGUAGCUAGUAGCCUAGCCUCCACAAAGAUGCGUAAUGAGAUGAGAGCCCACUCUUUCCGGUCAUUCCACUUGUAGAACAAAUGCCACAGACAGAUGCAGAGUGAACCCUCUUGUCCUUCAGCCUGUGUGUCACAGAGAGACAAACGGAGUAUAUAUGCAUAUGAGUAUAUCGAGGGCGUCAUAAUUAUCCGUUUUUUUUAAUCGUUGAAUAAAUCGAUUUAUCCAUUAUAGUGACAGGCCUAACUAUGACACACACAAGCACAAGUUUUAUUUAUGUCUUAAAUGGCUUAUUUUCUCUUAUAAUGUCUACUAUAUUGGGUAAUACUGAUGUAAAGGAUAUGGGUGUUAUUUCAUGUCUAGAAGGCUCUAAAGUUUCAAAAACAGGUUUUCUACGCCAUAAUUACGAAAAUAUGAUUUUUAAAAAAGAAGCGGUUCGGUCUGAUUUCAAUUCACUGCGAUAAAUGAGCAAUGACUGUAUAGUAUUGUGCUAAUUGUGCAUUUAAAGUACACAACAUCACGUCUUGUCACAGCAUAUUGACUUUGUGAGACAGCACCCUCUGCUGGAUUCAUAGCUUCAUCACUCUCAUUUUGGGUUUAAGUUAAGCAUUAAACUAUGUAUAAUUUACCAUUUAAGGCAGAAAAAAUAAAUCUGGAAUACUGUUCCAUCACUACAUCGCGGUUCACCCUUUUGUAGAUUUAGAUUUACUUCUUUGUGGAGUUUUUUAAAGUAUGAACACGCAAUGUGUUCUGCAUCCUUGUGGUGUAUUAGCGUGAUUUAUUGGUGCUGUGUAUGUGUGGUAUUGUAUUUAGUACUGCUACCAGUAGAGGGUGUUGUAUACUCAUUUGAGAGUUAAAGGCAUGUCCAGAGGACCCGCUCAUUGUUUUCUGCGUUCUGAUUGUCUGAAGACCGUUGUCUCCUUCGCGCAGGACUGCCUGUUUCCUGUUGUAUGAUCGUUGUAUGUUGUAUGAUUGAGGAGGAACAUGUUUUAACAAGGAUACAAAAACAGCGCCAGGACAAGCCACAAUCAGAGGAGUGAAUGCGUGAGUCCCUUAAAUUUCAUAUGUCAAUCUCAUAAGUAGAAAUUUGAACUUUGCGAAAAGUGUAUUGUGAGGGAUUUUAUUAACUUAAGACGUAUAUUAUAAUUAUACAGUCAUUGAUGACUUUGUGGAUUUCAAUUAUUGUGGGCUAUUUUGGAACUUAUCCCUCCCACGAUAAACAAGGGAACACUGUAUGUGGGGAAUAGUCGAGGAUCUACUGUAUACAGUAAAAGGGUCAGGUGGCCUAAUCACAACCAGCACAUUUUAUCGCCGUUAUUUACAGUGAAUUUUUAGGAUGUGAUGAUCAGAUGUUUACCAUGGCGUUUUCACCGCACUUAGAAAAAACGUACUAUACUAUAAAGAAGCAAUACUCUGGGAAAGAAGAUUAAAUAUUCCAAGCAUAAAAUUGUUUAUUUUCCACUAAUGUUAAGGGGGGGGAAAUCAUUUUAGAAUGACAAAAUUGCAAUAUUCCGGGGGUGCAUUGGAAUGAAAUAAACCAAAAAAUUAUGAAAGAAAAAAGUUUUCACAUGGAUGAAAUUUCAAUAUUACAAGAUCAAAACAUCCAAAUCUUGCAAGAUGAAAAAAAACCCUGAAAUUUCACGGAAGAGGUAUUUUCACGAUUUGUGUGUCACUGAGACAAACGAAGUAUAUAUGCAUAUGAGUAUAUUGAGGGCGUCAUAUUUGGAUCAAAACAUCCAAAUCUUGCAAGAUGAAAAAAAACUCAAAUUUCACAUACAAGGUUAUUUUCACAAUUUUUGUUUUUAUCACAGCCAUUUCACAAUAAUAACCAGCAUAAAUAAAUACUGCGGGCCUAAUAAUGUUUUGUAUACGUUAAAUAGAUGUGUACUCACUGUUAUUUGGAGCAUCUAAAUGUGUCUUUUUGUAUUGUCACUCCACUGGAGCUGGAAGGCAAACAUUCCCAAUGGUGUUGAAUUGAAAACCAAACAGGUACUAGACUAAACCAAAUGUUCUUUUUUUGUCAUUUGAAUUUUGAAGUAUCAUAACUGAGAAAUAUGAAAUACAUUGAGGGCCAUGUUUGCUAUUGACCCAAACCACUAGAGGGCAUUUUAGUGAAUUUUUAACUAAAGGGCAUAAGGAAAUGAUGGUGUUGGUAAGUUAUACGGUAAUUUACGGACAUUUCACUUUGAAUGAAGAGAGAAUUUUUAUGUCUGUUUAUUUUUGCCAACUAUGCUCUGAUUUGCUGUUGGUGAACUUAAAGGUUGUAUUUGGUACUGCUCUUUUAUAUAUUGAUGCUUCAUAUGAGUUUUCAUUACAGACUCAACAUAUGACCUUAAAUUAACUUAAGAGACGAUCAGAUGUUUCCUCAGCACGUCGUUUUAAAAAACAACAAAAAAAACAUGUUUUUCACAGCAGUUCCUGAUGCAGUACGACUCGCUGACGGCUGUUCGUCAGCUACACUUUUUGUUUUUAUAUAUAUAUUGUACAAUUAGAACAUUAAAUGUGUGCAGUUUG